AGCCCUGAGGAGACGUCAUCUAAUAUGGACGAGAUCUGUGAGGUCCAGACUGAACCGUUGUUAGAGAUGGAAGCGGGAAAGGAAUCCAUGACAUUCAAAGAUGUGGCAGUGGAAUUCACUUGGGAGGAGUGGAGACAGCUGGACCCUGCACAGAGGGACUUGUACAGGAAUGUGAUGAUGGAGAACUAUGAGAACCUCAUCUCUCUGGGGAUUUUUGUUUCCAAACUGGAUGUGAUUUCCCUGUUGGAAAGAGGAGAAACCUCGUGGAUGUCAGAGGGAGAAGUCCCAAAAAGCACUUGUCCAGAUUCUCUUAAUCUGCACAGUUGGAGUGAAACCAAAAACUGGAGUUUGAUACAGGGUAUUUGCCUCAUACCAUCACCUAAGAAAGGACUACCAGAUAUUCCGCAGAUUGCCAAGAUGGGAGAAUCUAUAGUGUCUGAUGUCAUUUUACAGAAACAGCCAGGCAACCAGGAGAGACAGUCUAGAAAUGUAACCAUCACUCACAGAACAACUCUUAAUAAAGUGAGUGUACCACAACAGAAUUUAUUUGGGAGUAGUUUUAGUCCAGGGUCAGUCUUUGUUCCAGUAAAGUCCUUCAGAUACUACUCAGGAAACAAACUUCAUAGACUAUAUUCUGGAAGAAAGUUACAUGAACACAAUGAAUGUGGCAAAGUCUCCGAAAGAAAAUCCAAUCAUACUCUAUAUGAGAGAAUUUGUACUGGAGAGAAAUCCCUUACAUGCAAUGAAUGUGGCAAAAUCUUGGGUUCCAGGGGAAGCCUUAUUAGACACCAGAGAAUUCAUGCUGGAGUGAAAUCCUUUGAAUGUAAUGAAUGUGGGAAGGCCUUUAGUAGCAGUGGGAAUCUUAAUCGCCAUGAGAGAUCUCAUGCUGGAGUGAAACCCUUUGAAUGUAAUAGAUGUGGGAAAGCCUUUGCUGAAAGAGGAAAGUUGAAUAAACAUGAGAGGAUUCAUACUGGAGAAAAACCCUUUGAGUGUAAUAAAUGUGGAAAAGCCUUUAGCCAUAGGGAAAGUUUAACUAAACAUGAAAAAAUUCAUACUGGAGAGAGAUCUUUUGAAUGUGAUAUAUGUGGGAAAGCAUUCUUUGAGAGAGGAAACCUUAUUAGACAUCAGAUAAUUCAUACUGGAUUGAAGCCUUUUGAAUGCGAUGAAUGUGGGAAAACCUUUCGAAAUAAGGGAAGUCUCACUAAUCAUCUGAGAGUUCAUACUGGAAUGAAACCCUUUGAAUGUGAUGAAUGUGGUAAAGCCUUUAGUCACCAUGGAAGCUUGACAACACAUAAGAUAAUUCAUACUGGAGAAAAACCCUUUCAAUGUAAUGAAUGUGGGAAAGCCUUUACCAAUAGGGGAACCCUUAUUAGACAUCAGAGAACUCAUACUGGAGUGAAGCCCUUUGAAUGUAAUAAGUGUGGGAAAAGCUACAGCCGAAAGAUACUUCUUGAUAAUCACCAAAGCAUUCAUACUGGUGUGAAACCUUUUGAAUGUAGCGAAUGUGGGAAAUCCUUCUUUGAGAGGGGAAACCUUUUUAUACACUGGAGAAGUCAUACUGGAGUAAAACCCUUUGAAUGUAGUCAGUGUGGGAAAACCUUUGGUAAUAAGGGAAACCUGACUGAUCAUCAAAGAAUUCAUACUGGAGUGAAACCCUUUGAAUGUAGGGAAUGUGGGAAAGCUUUCCGUCACAGGGGAAAUUUGGCAACACAUAAGAGAACUCAUACUGGAGAGAAACCCUUCGUAUGUAAUCAAUGUGGAAAAGCUUUUACUGGGAGUGGAGCCUUGAUUAUACAUUGGAGAACUCAUACUGGAGAGAAACCUUUUGAAUGUAGAGAAUGUGGAAGAGCCUUCAGUGAAAGGGGAUCCCUUACUAGACACCAGAGAAUUCAUACUGGAAUGAAACCCUUUGAAUGUAAUAGAUGUGGGAAAAGCUUCAGCCGAAAGGAUCUUCUUACUGAUCACCAGAGUGUUCAUACUGGAGUGAAACCUUUUGAAUGUAAUAAAUGUGGAAAAGCCUUUGGUGAGAGAGGAUCUUUAAAGAAACAUGAGAAAAUUCAUAGCGGAGAGAAACCAUUUGAAUGUAAUAAAUGUGGAAGAUCCUUCUUUCAGAGGGGAAGUCUCAAUCGACAUGAAAGAAUUCAUACAAGAAAAAUACCUUUAAUUGUAAUGAAUGGAGAAAAGCCUUUGACCUCAGUAAAAGUUUGAUGAAACAUAAGAAAAUUCAUGCGAGAGAGAAAAACCUGCAUAAUGAGUAUGGAAAGACCUCUAGCAAUUUAUCAUUCUUGAUUUAUCAUCAGAGACUUCAUAAUGGAAGGAAAUUAUAUAAAAGCAAUAAACAAAUGUUUUAGCCACUUCAGUCCCACCCACCAUAGAGUAUAUGCUCCAUGAAUACAGGAAUGCUUUUCUUUGUAUCCUUAUCACUCACCAUGAUACUAAGUGUAUAGAAUGCCCUUAAUAAAUGUUGAGUAUAGUUAAGCUGUCAGAGGACUCCCUGCUACAAAUCAAAUAAUUUACACUGAUAAGUAAGGCUAUAUACAUUUUAUGUGAGAAACAUCAGCAAAUGAAUGGGAAGAAAAAGAUUCUGAAUUAUGUUGACCAUAGGAACAAUUUUGCUAUAAAUGUUAUACAUAAGAUUAAUUUCA